AUGCACGGCUCAACAACUGCCACUCGAACGACCUACCAUACCUCCCACAGACAGAACCGAAUUCGGGAAUUGAAGAGUGCAAUUAACAAUCCUCGAACCACCCAUGCGGGAAGGAAUCACGCUCAACAUGAACUUCAUUCCAUGGGUGUGAAGUCGACUCAUCUCGGAACGAGAUUAAGACAUUUCUUCCACCUUCCUGGUAAAUCCCAUGGACACAGGUCCACUCGUACGACCCAUACUCCCUAUAGUACCACUCAUACUUCCACUCGAACGACUAAUUAA